CCACAUCAAUGCUAUAAAGAUGGGUCGUGUUAACAGUCUUGGUCCUGAAAAUAGCCAGCCAAAACCUGCCACUGUGAAGAUCAUUUUGGCCAAACAUGACAACAACAACAACAGCUACAAGAAAUGUCUAAAGGUAUCUGAGGCCAAACAAGAUCAUGAACGUAUCAUGAAAGCUAAGGUCGAAUCUCACUUCUCCUCCAAGUCUCAAACUUUGGACAUCCAGAAUGGGAAUCCACAUGAGUUCCACGGAGCACAGACCGACAUUCAUGUUUCUACAAGAACAUCCCAUGAUGUGGUGACUGAGAAGAUGAUUGGGGUCCUAAAGGUUUCAAAUGUUAAAAGCAGAACAUUGUCAACUUCCAAGUCCAAAGGCCAGAAGGAGCUUUUCCAUUUCUGGUCAACCAAGGUUAAUGGUCAAGAAGAUCCCGAUCGAGAAAUAUCAACAGUUAAGCCAAGACUAAAGAGAGAGAACAAAAAUGAUACAGUAAAACAUUCAAGUGGCAGUCCAGCCCCAAGAUGUGAUGGUGAUACAAUAGUUCCUGCAAUGACAUCUCUGAAGAGGAAGAAGAGGGAUGAGAUUUUCUCUGCCGGUGCUGCAAGACAUAUUGACGAUCAUGUUAUUUCCAUGAGUAAUCAGACCACGUUGGAAAAGCUGUCUGUACAGGAAAUUGUUCAUAAAAUCACAGUUACAUCCAGAAACUGCUUAGAGAAAUUAAGAGCAAUAUGGAUCUGGCUUUGCCACAACAUCAGUUACGACAUUGAAGGAUUCCUUGGGCGCUCUCCAAAGCUAUACAGAGUAGAAGAUGUCCUGGAGUCCAGAAAAGGCGUGUGUGCCGGUUACGCAGGACUGUGCAAAGCAAUGUGCAGGGAAAUAGGUAUCCAGUGCUUGGAGAUCACAGGGUUUAGCCGCGGUGCAGAAAACAGCAACAAUGACUCCUUCCAUCGUACCAAGUCUAAUCAUAUGUGGAAUGCAGUGGAGUUGGCUGGACAGUGGUACCUACUAGAUGCCUGCUGGGGGGCUGGAACCGUCGACUUCGAGAAAGGGGUUUUCAUACCAAGCUAUGAUGAUUUCUUCUUCCUCACGGACCCUGAGGAUUUCAUCAACACUCAUUGGCCGGAUGACCCCAACUGGCAGUUGCUCCAAUCUGUGGUCUCGUUUGAAGAUUUCGAGCAGAGAAUCUUCAAAACGUCCGAGUUCUUCAGGCUUCGCCUCUUCACCAUCUCACCAAAUGUUUUCUACCUCUCAACAGAAAACGGUGAAGUUAAAGUGUCACUAGGCUGUGUAUCUCCACUGGAAUUUAGCUACAAGAUCUUCAAGCUUUUGAACAACAGCAGAAGUCAGGUGGACAAAUCCUUUGGGAUACUCACAGUCCAUGAAUCUAGCAUGACCCUACACUUUUAUCCGCCAUCAGCUGGCCAGUUUGAGCUGAUGGUAUUUGCAAAACCCAGUGAAGCCAAAGAUCCCUACAAGUGGGUUUGUUCCUACCAAAUUGAUUGCCCACAACCAAAACAUCCGCUUGGGCUGCCUGAAAACCCUUUUCAUUUUUGGGGGCUACAUCCGGGAUCAAAAGACUUGGGAGUAACCAAUUGUAGCCUCAGGGAAGACCUGAUUUUUGCAGAAAACGGUGGUUUGACUUUUACUUUUGAGACAUCCAGACCCCUGUUGGCCAUGUUCCAGCUAAUCCAACCAGAACUCUCGGAAACGUUCAGUAAGAAAUGUCUGGUUUCCCAAAGACAAGACAACCAACUGGGAUGCCAUCUUUUAUUACCUUUUUGGGGAUAUUACAGACUGUCUUUAUUUGUGAAAGGCCAGGAAGGAGACAACUUCCAAAAUGCCGCCAACAUGUUCAUCAACUGCAAGAAUCCAAUUAACCACAAUGAACUGUUCCCGCCCAACCUCAGCGUUCACUGCGGCCCUGGAACCAACUCUAAGCAAAAUGGUCUCACCAGCCCCAGUCAUGUUUGUCCCAUUAUAAACACAACUACCGGGAAGUGCAACAUCACCUUCCAUACCCUGUGGGACUUGGAGAUUUUGACUUCUCUGGAAAAUAAUAGACCCAAUAACAGUUUGCAUUCCUUGGACCGAUACUGUUUCAUAACACACCUAGAACAUAAGAUAAGUCUGACUGUCCAUCUGCCAGAGUCAGGACAUUAUAAGCUCAGCAUUUUUACAAAAAGGAAGGAAAACGAGGAUUAUUGCCACGCCUGUGAUUAUGUCAUUCAAUGUGCGUCCACUAAUCGCUUACUCCCUUUCCCCAAAGUUUACAACGCUUGGGGUCAUGGCUGUAUCUUACUGCAGCCAAGAUACGGACUCCUCCAUGCGGAAAGUUGGGAGAACUUUAGAUUGAAGAUCCCUGGAGCUUGUAAGGUUCUUGUUAUCGGGCCUGUAAAGACAGAACUGACGCUGACAAAAAAUAAGAUCUGGGAGGGGAAGGUUUUCACUGGCACUCCAGGGACACUCCUAAAAAUAGCAGUGAAGUUCACACCAAAUGCCACCACAAUGGACAUUGUGAUGUCAUUUAAGACCCAGAUUAUAUUAGACAAUGAGUCCUCAGGGUAAGAAAUAAAAGCAUGUGUCUAUUAUUCAUGAGGACUAAAUGGAUGGUAUUGAACUUUGUAGUGCUAAGGUGCUGGGUUAGGUUCUUCUCAAGGGCACUAACUGCAUGGAGUUUGUAUGAUGUUUUUGUGUGCGUCCUGUUUCUUUUUUUACCUCAGAGAAUAGGUAAGGGAACUCCCCCCCGCAGCUUGGUCAGUCCUUUUCUCCACCCCCUACCCACCCCUGAGCACCAUCGCUUGCUUCCAACCUCUAGCCACCUCCCAGUUACCAACCCAUCAAUAUAGGGUGACCAGACAUCCCAGGUUUCCGGUGACAGUCCACGGAUUGAGGACACUGUG